GUAAGUGAGGCAAGUUGUUAUCAGGGAGUGAGGACUCGUGGGAGGCGUGUGAGGCCGGGUAGCCUGGCUGGGGCCCACACUGCCUGCCUCGCUAUCACAAUGCUGACGUUGCUGCUGGUGGUGGGUGUAGGCGUCGCUGUAGCGGGCGCCCACACCCCGGCUUCAUGCCUCUACGAGGACAUUCGUGGCACCUGGGUUCUGACAGAGACGGAACGCACAGAAGACCACACCAUCACCUGUGAUGAGCUGGGCACCACCCCCCACACCAAGACCUUCACCCUAAGCUUCCCCAACACCGCCGUGGAUGAGAUAGGCAACCAGGGCACCUGGACCAUGGUCGCUGACCAGGGCUUCGAGGUAAGGAUCAACGAGCGGUCAUACUUCGCCUUCUCCUCCUACGAGGUGGUCGGCAACUUGACCGUCUCCCAGUGUGACCGCACCUUGAAUGGCUGGGCCAGGGACCGCACCGUCAGGAACUGGUCUUGCUUCAACGCUAAAAAAGUUACUAAGGUGGCCCCUCGUGUGAGUUACAGGCCCGUCCUGGCCAAUCUGGACUUGCCCUACAAGAAUGACCUCGUCCUUAUUGACAACAUCAACUCAGCUCAGAGUUCAUGGACCGCUAGGGCUUACUUCCAGUUUGAAAAGUACACGGUGAGGGAGAUGUACCAGCGUGGUGGAGGUGGGAGGUGUGCCGGGCACUCUAGGCCCUUCCCAGCUCCCGCCACCGACCUCCAGAAGGCCAACGCCGCCUACCUGCCGAAGAACUUCGACUGGCGAAACGUGAGUGGCGUGAACUACAUCUCACCAGUCAGGGACCAGGGCUCCUGCGGGUCCUGUUACGCCUUUGCCUCCAUGGCCAACUUGGAGGCCCAAGUGAGGAUCGCCACCCGCAACCAGCGCCAGGACGUUUUCUCCACGCAGGAUAUCGUGUCGUGUUCGCGAUUGUCUCAGGGAUGCAACGGCGGGUACGACUAUCUGGUUGCCGGUCGCUAUGCCCAGGACCAGGGAGUUGUCGUCGAGGCUUGCAACCCCUACACUGCCACUGAAGGCCAUUGUGUCAGGAACGAGACGUGCCCACGCACCUAUGUUAGCGAAUAUGUACACGUGGGAGGAUACUAUGGUGGAUGUAACGAGGAGGCCAUGCUGGAGGCAGUCGUCACUUCAGGGCCCAUUUCCGUCUCUUUUGUAGUGUACGAAGACUUCCACCACUACGCCGGUGGCAUCUAUCACUACACAGGCCUUCGGAGUGAUUUCAACCCCUUAGAGGCGACGAGUCACGUGGUGCUGGUAGUGGGGUUCGGGCUGGACCCUGACUCCGGAGAGAAGUUCUGGACUGUGAAAAAUUCGUGGGGCCGCGACUGGGGCGAGGACGGCUACUUCAGAAUCAGGCGAGGGAAUGACGAGUGUGCCAUCGAGUCCCAGGCCAUCCGAGUCACCGCCAUACCUUGAGUGUAAGGGCAGGAGCAAGAGCGAGGGGGAGAAAGGUGCAGAUAGAGAGGGGGAAAAUAAGAUGAAGAUUAAGCCACCCAAGAGGUGGCACGGGCAUGAAAAUCCCAUAAUUCCGGAAAAAUAACAAAUAAGGAGAGAAUUUAAAGCAUAGGAUGUCUGGGAUGCUCCUGGACGCAGGUUCAAAUCCUCGUCACGGCCCUUGUGGAUUUGUUCAUUUGAUACAUCACGUUAGUGUGAUCUCUGUGUGUAAUGGGUUCACAAAACCACACUCAUUACUGGGAAUUAGCCGUCAAUAAUCGUAGAGAGUAUACAGGAUUAGAUGAUUGAUGUCUAACUUUAGUUAAUGAUAAUCCUCAAAUUAUGCUACAAUGUACCUGUUGAUAAUCCUCAAAUUUGAUUAUAAUAUGUCUACUAAUCUUCUUAAAAUUUUCUUACAAUGUAUCUGUUAACAUUUUUCAAUUUUGCUAGAAAUUACCUACUUAAAAUUAUCUGUCAGAGUAAGGGCCUGUCCGAAACGCUAUGCGUGCUAAUGGCCUUACGAGAAUAUAAAAACAUCAAUGCUAUGUACUCUCAUAACCCAAUGUACCUUCUUGUAUAUAUAUAAAUAAGAUAAAUAAAGGUUGCUUACGGAAACUGACAUCUUCCCUCUAGGUCAAAGGGAAAUUUGAUCCAGAGGGAAAUUUGACUUACAUCAAACAAUUGGAUGCUCGGUGUUAAAUUUAUUUGUGUGAUUACUAGGACCAUCUCUCGAACAAACGUGGCCUCAAGUGUUCAUAGCCUUCUUCGAUCACAGGUGGAUAUCUAAAUCAGUACAUACAUCACGUGACCAGACUAAGAAUUUUAAGUCGAUAUAGGUGGCUAUAAGAGGCGAAAUGACUCGGGUUGCAAGCAACAUGACCCGGGGUUACCUUAAUGCCUUUACACAUUUCUAAUGUGUCAAUUAUGAAGCUAUCUACAUUACAUAACCUGUUUACUUAUUUACUGAUAAAUAUGUACACAUGUACACAGGAGUUAGUCAGCUUGUUCAAAUCUUUUUCAAAUCAAAUCUUUUAUUCAGGUAAGGUACAUACAUACAAGGUAAGAUACAAAGUUGAUGGAUUUAUAGAUAGAGCUAGUACAUACAAUGCCUAAAGCCACUAUUAGGCAAAGCGUUUCGGGCAGACACGAAACGCUUGUGGGGGGAUGUAUCCUGGAGAGGGUCAGUAGUUCCACCUUAUCGAACUUUGAAUACCAUAUACUCUCAACUUGUGUUUAUCUACAAAGAAUAAGUUGGUAAAUACAAGCUCAAUCACAGGACUAUUAAAAAAUAGAAUCAUAACCAGUGUCGGAUUCAGCGUAAAGAAUAAAGUCCCACCUUUUCCCUCCUAACUAACUACCAUUUUCUUUGAUAUCAACAGUUUUGCUUCUCUGGGGUAAACUAUGUUAACGAUAAGUAUUUUAUGAUUUUUGUUCAAUGCGACAAUGUAGCCAAUGUAUAACCAUGAAGGAAAAAUACAAUAAAUUACUUAUAUUA